AGCCCGGGCAAGUGAGCCUAUCGUGGAAACUUCAUUUGCAUCCAUGAGUCCAGGAAGUUGGCGGCAUCGUGUAACUUGCUUGCCGCUUGUGAAAGGCCGUGUAUUCUGAUGCCCCUCGAGGUUUGUACCGUACUGUAUGCUUACCGGUAAUCUGAGAUCACUAUUCACUGUGAGGAGAGUCCGAUGAUUUGUCGAUAUUAUGUGCUGACCAUAUUUAGAGUCACAUGGUAGUCUUACUCACCUGUGAGGUUGAUUCUACCAAUAAAGGAGAUCCAUUGGUGUGGCUAGCUUACCUUUAGUGUUAUGUACAGUACUGUAGGGAAAUUCGGCACAAUCAACACUGCAGGGGAUACCAUGGCUCUGUGAACUCGCCGAGUUGCCUUCCUUCAUCUCCGUCCCUCGCCCAUCUCACCUCGCCGCACCCAUAUCACUCCCAGUUUUUCAAGUUAUCCACCGGCCAAGUAUUGGACUCUCGCUCCUCGACCAGGGAGAAAAGAAAAAAGAAAAAAAGCUCUAGAAGUCGUUAUUGAGCUUACCGACCCUCUCUCCGCGACCCCUUACCGGCCGAUAUCCGUCGUCGGCCCAACAAUAGGCGAGACAGCUGUGGGAUGUGGCAUGGUGUAUUGUGUGGAAUUCAUGAUCAUCGUACGGGCAAUGCAGGCGUGGGCAAUAUACCGGUAUCGUUUCAGAAGAAUCACAGGGUCUGCACUAGACGAGAACCCCAUGCCAAACCUGGGCUGUGAGUUCACACAAUACAUAUUAGAUCCCACAACAACCUGCACCAGCUGAUUAGAGAAUGGGAAUAUAGUUGGCCCAGUCCGGGGGCUUUGAGAAUUCGGUUGGCCCACCCGCAGGGCUCUAAGAGUAGUCUGAACAGUUCGCAUGAGAUGACAUCCUUGAGCUUCCUAUCCUUGUUUUGGGCAGCUUAGGAAGAACUGAUGGGAUCAUCCAGCGCUUUUAGGCGAUAGACCUAAGCAUGCCGUUACAUCAUACCACGUUUUUUAUCCUCUCAUUUCUUUCUUUCCUCAAAUGCACUGUACCUAGACUAAUGCUACGAUAUAUGGGUAAUAAAGACAAUUGCGAAGUUUCCAAGGCCCCACACGCCACAAUGACGUACUCGAGUCUGUGAAUCCUCAAAUGAGAGAUACCAUACAUGUUGCUUCUGUGGGUAUCACCGAAGAAGCACUCCCAGAAUCCUUAGGGGAAUGGUCGACCGCCUCGACAUAGUAAGAAGUGUGCGACCUGAGCCGGUGGUGAGGUGACGGCAGUACAGUACUUCUCAAAGGGGAGAGAUCGGACAGCGGUGAUGAAGGCGAGCAUAGCGGUGGGGAUGUUGGCGGAAAUUGCGGUAGCAUCGGCGGUGUUACUGUAGUGAUGAGAGAGUGUACGAUCUAGAGAGCGCCGGAAGUGGGAAAGGGAUGAAUUCGGGGAACACGGAAAAUGGGAGAGAGUAUGGUGUAGCUAUACCUUCCACUAAUGACUAAACGAAACAAAUCCCACAACGGGAAAGAG